AACCCAGUAAUCUAAAAAUACAUAAGUGUAAGUAAUAUACAAAUCAUCGUAUAUGGGAAAUUCGUUAAUGAGAAAUCUGUCAGUCGAACAUGGAUGCUUUGGGUUAAUCCGUACUUUGAUUCGAUAGAGUUACCAUUUGUGGAAGUACUGAUUUAGUUUGGACCUUUCUUCUUUCUUUGUCAACAGUUAAACUCUAUAAAUAGUUUCAAUGCGAGAUAAUAAUAAAAUUAAACAAUCGGACAUUCAGCAAUUUGUACUAUAUUUGUCCGAGUGUCUCCUAAUUAUAUGCGCUGUUAAAUGUGUACCACCAGUAUCCAGUAAAUCUGAACGCGACCAAUUUUUUAAAGUACUCAAUGGAUACUAUGAAAAGCCCAAAUCAGUUUCGGAAUUCGAUAAUUACUAUAGUUCGGCAGAGCGUACCCUUAGAAACAUGGGCGAAAACAACGUCGUAUGCGAAGUUAGUUCCACAACGCAAGAGUUUUACGAAGAAGGCUACGAGUUUCACCCAAGGACUUACGUUAACGAAACUUGCAUGAGCACCAACAUUGACCCAUACGUGAAUCACAGCAAUCGUCAACAUUUACAUCGCGUGAUUUGCUUACACAACGAUAAUAAAUUUGGAUGCCAAACACUUUACGAAGAAAUAAACGUAUGGAAGAAAAGUACAACCGAGAAAAAAGAGUGUCUGGAACAUACAUCGCAAUUGGUUGCUGUUGGUUGCAAAUGUAACAUCCGUUUUUCUAACAAUCGGGGUUGAGCACAACUAGAGAAGAAGAAAGUUAAACUAUAUACCAUAUCACAGUGUAUUAUACAUUUGCCAAAUUUUAAGAAAUACCUAUAUCACGUCUACAA